AUGAGUAGGUAUACUUUUCCUUCUAAUUCUGAUGAGUAUUUUAACAAUGUGGUUCCUUGCAUUUCUGAUGAAGAGAAUGAUCUUUUAACUGCUAUCCCCACUCAUGAUGAAAUUAAGAAUGAUAAUAUUGUUAUGGCUCAUGAGUUAAUUGAUACCAUGAAAAAAACAAAGAGUGUGAAAGGGUGGAUGGCUCUUAAACUUGAUAUGAGUAAGGCUUUUGAUAGAGUGGAAUGGAUUUUUGUCUUAAACAGUCUAAAUAGCUUAAGUUUUUCUCAGGGAUGGUGUGAUCUCAUUAGUCAAUGUAUAAAAACUGUUUCUACCUCUAUUUUACUGAAUGGUUCACCAGGAGAAGUGUACAAACCUCAAAGAGAUGAUUUCCUUCUUUUUGCUAGAUCUAACCCUGAAGAAGCUUCUAAUAUUGCUACUAUUAUUGAGCAAUUUAGUAAAUACUCAGGUCAAUCUGUGAACUUUGAAAAAUCAGGUCUAGCUUUCAGUCCUAAGGUUCCAAACAAUAUAAAUUGUGAAAUUUCUAACAUUUUACAUAUCCAGAAAAUGGCUUUGCAGGAUGAGUACUUAGGAGUACCUUUACUGCUUCAGAAGAACAAGGUGGAGUCUUUUAACCCUCUAAUGGAUAGAUUCAGCGACAGACUUUCUCCAUGGAAAUCCAAGUAUAUUACUCAACCAGGUAAAACCACUCUUACUCAAUCUGUUCUAGGAACCAUAGCUAGCCAUCAUAUGGUUGUUUUCCCCAUGCCAAAAGCUAUCACAGACAAGAUGGAUGUUGUGCAGAGAAAUUUCUUUUGGAACAAAAGAAAUGGUGAAAAAGGUCUGAACAUCAAAAAAUGGAAUCAUAUUGCCUAUCCCAAAGACCUAGGUGGCCUUAACAUUAGACAAUCAGCUAUCCUAAAUCAAGCUCUUCUUGCUAAAUUAUCUUGGAGAAUGGAUAUUCAAGAUAUAAGAAUUCCAAUUUCUGGUAAUGAUGUCAUAAGAUGGAAACCAGCAGCCAAUGGAAAAUUUUCUGUUAAAAGUGCUUAUAGGGCCAUUUUAGAUAAUGCUCAACCUAUACCCCAAAACAGUGAGGAAAUUGUGUGGAAAGAUCUGUGGAAAACUAACCUUCCCAUUAAGGUGCUCCAAGGUGAAAGCAAUGGAGCUAGGGGAUGUUGUACGAGAGCCUUAGACCCGGAGCAAGCUGAAGCUUUGGCAACCUUUGAAGCUAUUCGAUGGGCGAAAGUCAAGGGCGUAAGAAAGCUUCACCUAGAGGGAGAUAGCCAGAGAGUGGUGAAAGCAAUAAAUGGUUCCAAAGGAAUAGUGAAUUGGACUAAUGAAGGCAUACUAAGAGACUCGAUUUCUUCUAAGUAG